AUGCGGCCCGUGUCGGAAUCCACGCGAAUCUCCGUCACCGCCAGGCUCGAAGAGUUCCGCGACGGAACCGAACCAGUCCUGAAGGGGAUCCUCAAGUUUGGCUUGCUCCUCCUUAACCCCUUCUCUCUCUCGCUGUCUGCUUCCUACACACAGAUGACGUUCGAGGCGGAACUGAGCACUGAUGAUGAAAGGGCGGUGGUGGUGCACCACCUGGGAUGUGGUGCACCACCUAUAUGCAAUCCCAAAGGGGCUCCAAAAGGGUUCUGCCUUUCACCAACCCUCUCUCUCCCUUUCCUCCCCUCUGUCCUGUUCCCAGAGAUGACGUUUGAGGCGGAUCUGAGCAAUCAUGACAGAGCCGUGGUGCACGGGCUGUGUCGAAAGAUGGGCUUUGUUUCGAGAAGCCGCGGAAAACAAUCCAAUCGUCGACUGACAGUCUACCGAACCUCCCGACAUAAGCAAACCGGAGCACCAGGUUCGGACUCCGCCGGGCCUACGGCGGAAUCCCUCCCGAGCCUGACUCUCUCGCCCGAGUCCGAAGCUGCUGUGCUGGCGCUGCUGCUGGCUCAUCCCCCCACUGAGCUGGAGAUGACGUCAGCAAUGCAGGCUGGGGGGUAUUUGGCGGACGCUGCUGCAGGAGUGGGACGGGCGCAGGGGAAAGGGGGACCAGGUGCGGGGAAAGGGGGGCCUGGCGCGGGGAAAGGGGGAGCUGGUGGGGGGAAAGGCGGAGGUGAGAAGCGGCAGUCAUUACCCAUCAUGGCGUAUCGGGAGGAGAUCACGCGGGCGAUAGAGCAGCACCAGGUGGUGCUGAUAGUGGGGGAGACGGGGUGUGGCAAGACCACGCAGAUGACCACGCAGGUGCUGCAGUCGGAGAGAGGGGAAAAGAUCGGGCAAACAGUGGGGUAUCAGAUCCGCCUGGAGUCGAAGGGGAACCGCUCCUCUUCUCUCUGGAUGUGCACCAACGGCGUGCUGCUGCGCCGCCUUGUGGGGCUGGCACUGCACUUGGCUGAGCGCAUAGCAGCGGAGAGAGGGAAGAAGAUCGGGCAAACAGUGGGGUAUCAGAUCCGCCUGGAGUCGAAGGGAAAUCGCUCCUCCUCUCUCUGGCUCUGCACCAAUGGCGUGUUGCUGCGCCGCCUUGUGGGGCUGUCUGUUCUCCUCCCUCCCUCCCCCACCUGCUCUUCCCGCUCCCCCUUCGCAUUCCCCCUUCGCAUUCCCCCCUCGCAUUCCCCCCUCGCAUUCCCCCCUCGCAUUCCCCCCUCGCCCCACAACAUCUCCUCCCCCCCCCCUUUCCUGCAUUCCCCUUUCUCCCCCGACGAGGUGCACGAGCGUGAUAAAUUCGCAGACUUCAUGCUCAUCAUUCUUAGGGACCUGCUGCGCCUGCACCCCACCCUCAAGCUGGUCAGUUACGAUCUCUCGCAAAGCAAUGGCUUCAUGCUCAUCAUUCUUAGGGACCUGCUGCGCCUGCACCCCACUCUCAAGCUGGUGCUUAUGAGUGCAACCCUAGAUGCUGGGCUGUUUGCAAACUAUUUUGGGGGCUGCCCGGUCAUCAACGUCCCUGGCUUCACAUAUCCGGUGCGAUCACUGUACCUGGAGGAUAUCCUUCGCAUCACAAAUUAUGGCAACAAUUUUGCUGGCUGGGCUUUCAAUAGGGGAGCACUGCAAGCUAUGGAUGUCGAAAGGGAGGCAGCACUAGCCGAUGCGCAUGUGGGAAAAGGGGUUGAGGGAGAGGGAGAGGGAGAAGGGGAGGGAGAAGGGGAGGAGCAAGGAGAGGAGGAGGUGGAGGAAGGGGAGGUGGGAGAGGGCGAGGAGGAGGAAGGGGAGGAAUCAGGUGGGGAGGGGGAAGAGGGAGAAGGCGGGGAGGGGGGAAAGGAAACAGUAGGGGCGAAGGUGGGGGAGGAGGAGGAGGAUGAGGUGGAGGAAGGGGAGGUGAUAGGCAAGGGGAGAACAGAGAAGGUGGAGAUGCUUCUGUCGCUGGGUGCUGAUGUGACUCUGACUUCCGAUGAUGGCAGCACGGCGCUUGACUGGGCGCGAAUGUACGGCCAUGAGGCUGUGUGCCGGAUUCUAGAAGACACGCCUGGAGGCACUGAGGGAAGAGCAGAGGAGGUGGAGAUGCUGCUGUCGCUGGGUGCUGAUGUGACUCUGACUUCCGAUGAUGGCAGCACGGCUCUUGACUGGGCGCGCAUGUACGGCCAUGAGGCUAGACACAUGCCUGCUCUCUCUUCCUCUCCGUCCCCACUCCCUACAGGCAAGGGAAGAGCAGAGGAGGUGGAGAUGCUGCUGUCGCUGGGGGGCGAUGUGACUCUCACUUCCGAUGAUGGCAGCACGGCUCUUGACUGGGCGCGCAUGUAUGGCCAUGAGGCUAGACACAUGCCUGCUCUCUCUUCCUCUCCGUCCCCACUCCCUACAGGCAAGGGAAGAGCAGAGGAGGUGGAGAUGCUGCUGUCGCUGGGGGGCGAUGUGACUCUCACUUCCGAUGAUGGCAGCACGGCUCUUAACUGGGCGCGCAUGUACGGCCAUGAGGCUGUGUGCCGCAUUCUUGAGAGACACAUGGAGGCAUUGGGCUUGGGAGUGCCGGAGGAGGGAGAGGAGGUUGAGGAGGGAGAGGAGGGAGAAGGGGAGGAGGGGCGAAUGGAAGAAGAGGAGAGGGAAGCAAUGCAGGGAGAGAUGGAAGAAGCAGGGGCACUGGUAACCAAUGCUGAAGCGACAACUGAUGCCGCUUCUGCUGGUGCUGGCGCUACUGCUGCAGCUGGUGCUUCUGCUGUGGCUGCGCCUGUGAGUGCAGAGGCAGCGAGGCUGGCAGCACAGGAGCAACUGGCGCUUUCUAUUUAUCAAUCCUCUGUGGAUCAUGAUGAGGAAAUUUCCCGCCUUAGAGACCGACUUCUGGGGUCCCCGGUAUUCGGAGACCCUACGCGGUUCCUGAUACUGCCGCUGCACUCGAAGAUUCCGAUGCCGGAUCAGCGGAAGGUGUUUGAGCGGCCGGGGAAAGGAGUGAGGAAGAUUGUUCUCACGACGAAUAUCGCCGAGACGGCGCUGACGAUCGAUGACAUUGUGUUUGUGGUGGACUCGGGGCGGUUGAAGGAGAAGAGCUAUGACGCACACACGAAUGUGUCUACCCUGCAGGUGAGUGGGGGAAAGGGAGGGUUUGAGGGGCCUGGCAGAGCAGCUUGGGGUGUUAUGACUAUUGAUGACAUUGUGUUUGUGGUUGAUUCCGGAAGGUUGAAGGAGAAGAGCUAUGAUGCGCACACCAACGUGUCUAACCUGCAGGUGGGUGUGGUGGGGCUUGAGAGGGCCCAUCCUCCUCUCCUCCCUCUUCCCCCGUAUCCGCUAUCUCUUCCAUACGCCCCUCUCUCCCUCCCUUGCAUUUCCAUCUUUCAGGUGUGCUGGGUCUCCAAGGCCAGUGCGCGCCAGAGGCAGGGCAGAGCAGGGAGGUGCAGGCCAGGGGUGUGCUUCCACCUCUUCUCGUGCAAGCGAGCCGAAUCCCUUCCAGAAUUCCAGGCGCCAGAAAUCAAACGCACGCCUCUGGAAGAGCUCUGCUUGCAGAUCAAGAUCCUAGACCCCUCUUUAGACAUCCCCGUGUUCCUCUCCAAGGCCCUCGAGCCCCCGGUCCCCGCCGCAAUCACCAACGCGAUUGCCCUCCUGCAAGACAUAGGCGCCCUCGACCCCCACCAGUCCCUCACGCCCCUCGGCGCCCACCUAGGCGCCUUCCCCCUCCACCCAGUCACCUCCAAAAUGCUCCUCCACUCCAUCCUCUUGGACUGCCUCGGCCCAGCCCUCACCGUCGCCGCUGCCAGCACCUAUCGUGACCCGUUCCAGAUGCCUGUAGGGUUGGAUCAGAAGCUUAAAGCCAUUGCUGCACGGCACGCGUUGGGGAAUUCGAUGGGCGGGUAUGGGGAUCAUCUCGCGCUCAUUGCCGCGUUUGACGGGUGGGCGGAGGCGAAGGCGAGAGGGGGGGCCCGGGCUGCUGAUGCGUUUUGCCGGCGGAAUUUCCUGUCGCCGGGCGGGAUGAGUAUGAUCUCUGGGCUGAGGAAGCAGCUGCGAGGAGAGCUGCUGCGGAAAGGGUUUCUCGGGAUGGUGCGGGCGGUGCUAGCAGCGGGUUUGUACCCGUUUGUAGCUAGUCUCGUACCGAAAACACCCACCGGGCGGCAGCCGGCGGUGGUAUUGACGGCCCGAGGUGAGAAGGUUCGGAUCCACCCCCAGUCGGUCAACUGCCGAGCCUUGCACCGAGGCGCGGAGGCAGGUUCGGGAACGCUUGGCAGCGCUGGGGAGAGCGGUGGCUCGGAGAGCAGUGAGGUGUCAUCUCGGCCGUUGAUUGUGUAUGAUGAGAUCGUGAGGGGCGAGGGGAACCAGACGAUCAGAUCGUGCACUGUGAUUCGCCCGCUGUCUCUCAUCUUGAUUGCGUCAGAGAUGGUUGUGGCUCCUCUGGGCCCUCUGAAGGCUGGAGGGGAGGAGGACGUGAACGGGGAGAAGGGAGAAGGGAAGGGAGAAGAGAAGGGAGAAGAAGAGGGUGAUGGGGGAGUAGGGGAGGGAGAAGGGAAGGGAGAAUGGGAAGGAGAAGGGAAGGCAGAUGAGAGUGGUUCGGGGGUUGAAGUGCGGAAAAGAAAGAGACGGCAGCAGAGGCGACAGGGAGAGGGCGAGUCAGGCCAGAGGGAAGAGGAAGCAGUGGGGGAAGGAAGUGAAGCAGUUUCGAUGGAGUUGGGGAAGGGAGAAGGGGGCGAGGGGACAGGGGGCAAGGAGGAGAAGGAGGGGGUGGAGGAAGGGGAGUAUGUUUCAGGUGCGGAGGAUGAGGAAGGGGAGGAGGAGGAGGGGCCAGUGGUGAGGCCGAAUCCCAAGAGUGUGAGGGAGAGGAGGCGGAAACUGCAGGAGGAGGUUAUGAGCGAUCCUGGCCGUGAGAUCGUGAUCGUGAUCGAUCGAUGGCUGAGAUUCCGCGCCACGGCCAUGCUGGCGGCUCAGCUGUUCUGCCUGAGGGAGAGGCUGGCUGCCUGCUUUGCCACCAAGGUCCAUAAUCCGAGGAAACCGCUCCCUCCCCUCCAUGCAUUGACACUCUACACCAUCGCCUCCCUCCUCUCAUUCGAAAACUACUUACUUCCGCCUCCAACCAGCGAAUCAGCACCCGCUGGUUCGGAAGAGGUGGUGGUCGGGGAAGAGGGAGAGGAGCAGGAAGGGGUGGGGGGUUUGGUUCAAGGGGUAGAGCUGUGCUCCGCUGUUGUGUGCCGAACGCCUUUCGCCAUGGAUACGCUUUACGUGUUGAAGGUCAAGUGCCGCGGUGUUCUUCGUCGCAUCUCCUCUCGUCGCGACCCUCCAGCCUUCGACCACGUGGACGGUCAGAUUCGCAAGCUCUUCAAGAUCCCCGCCGACAAGCCAAUCACCGUCACCUACACGGAUUCCGACGGUGACGUCAUAACGGUUUCCACGGACGAGGAUCUUCACGACGCGUUUAUCUACCAGGAGUUGAAUCCGCUUCGUCUCGAUGUUGCCGUGGAGUCUGACGAUUUUGUAGAUGUUUGCAGCCUUGACGGGUCUGUCUACUCGUCCUCAUCGUUUGGCGGAGAUGCUGCGCCGUCUGCACCGUCCGCUGUUGCUCCUGCUGGCGUGAACCCCCCUCCCGCUCCUGCUGCUUCGGAUUCAGUCGCCGACUCUGCUGCUCAGACUGUUCCUGUCCCUCUGGCGGCGUCUACCCCUGCUGUUGACGAACCUCCUUCUGUGCCUGCUUCUGCUCCCGCUCCUACCCCCGCUCCUGCUCCGUCGCAGCCCAUUCCUGCUGCUCUUGAUGCUCCUGAUGCCUCUACAAACCCCACCUCUGAGCCUGCUCCUGCUGCUGCUGAUGCCGCUCCAGCUGCUGCUCCCAGCUUGGCACAGCCCAGCAAGCCAUCCGUCCCCGAGGAUCUGGACGAGGCGUUUGAGGCGAAAGUGGCGGAGUUUGCAACCGCGGUGGAGAAUCAGAUCCUGAAGGCGCUGGCGUCGGGCGGGCAGCUGGAGCGCAUGCUGGCGCAGUACGGCCCGAUUCUCAAGGACGCCCCUGGGAAGAUUGCGCAGGUGCUGGCGACGGCGCGGCGGAGCGGGCUUGACGUGGUGUUUGAGCCGAUUCUGGACAUGCACCACCGCCGCCAGCAGGCGCAUCAGCAGCAUCAUGGAGGAUUCAGCAGCGGUUGUGGGUCUUCCCAGCCUUCCACCUCGUCUGCUUCUCCCGCUCCUGCUGCGGAUUCUGCUGCUGCUGCCGCAGCUGACUCGGCUGCUGCUGCUGCUGAUAUUGCCGCUGCGGUUUCAGCUGAUGUUGCCGCUGCGACCUCUGCAGUGGCUGCUGCAAUUGCUGCUGCAGCAGACGCGCUCGAUUUCAAGCCUAAGGACGCUGCCACUUCCUCUGCUACUGCUCCUGCAUCUGCUCCUGCUCCUGCCGCCGCUGCUGCUCCUGCCACGGCUCCUGCUGCUGCUGCUGCUGCUGCUGCUGCUGCUGCUGCUGCUACGUCGGCCGCAGAUUCCGCAAGUGAGAGUGUUCAGGCGGUGCACUACGGUAUUACCUGUGACGGCUGUGACAUGCGCCCUCUCAAGGGCAAGCGGUACCACUCCCUUGUGAAGCAUGACUUCGACCUGUGUGAGGCGUGCUACAGCAAUGAGGGGUCCAUCUCAGCGCACUAUGAAUGCAUCGAGAGGCCCCCGGUUGCUAAGGUCUUCUUCCCUGUCAAGCCGAAGACUGCUGCUUGUUCUGCUGGUACUGCCUCUGCUGCUGCUGCUGCUGCUGCUUCAACGACAGCACCCGCCUCCGCUGCUGCGUCCCAGGGCGGUGCUGCGCAGGGAGCGGGCGAGGCUGCCAAGACGGUGCACUACGGCAUUAUCUGUGACGGCUGUGACAAGCGCCCCCUCCAGGGCAAGCGCUACCGCUCCCUCGUGAAGGACGACUAUGACCUGUGUGAGGCGUGCUACAGCAAGGCGGGGGUGGUCCCGGAGCAUUAUGAGUGCAUUGACCGCCCUCUCUUCCGCCCUUUGCGCCUGCAGCACAUGGCCGCCCAUGCCGCUGCCAUGGCUGGCAUGCAGCCGGGAGGAGGUCGCCCCUUCUUCGCCCCGCGCCCGCACUGCCCCUUCUCCCACCACUCCAUGCUACACGCAUGGGGCCCCGGCUCUCCUUUCAACAAGCCCCAGCACCACCAGCAACCUCACCACCACCCGCACCACCACCACCCUGGCAGCAGCAUGGCUUUCACCGGCAGCAACAGCGUGGGGGGAACGGUGGGGCAGUUGCAGUAUGGCAGGGCGCACGGGCGGCUGCUGGACGCGCGGUUUGUGAAGGACGUGAGUGUGCAUGACGGCACCAAGAUGGCGCCCCUCACGAGGUUCACCAAGAUCUGGCGCCUGCGCAACAGCGGCAGCGUGCGGUGGCCCUGCGACAUGCAACUGAUCCAUGCUGGCGGGGAUUUGCUUUCUGAAACCAGCACCGUGCCUCUCGAGCUGCCGCGUGGAGGGGUGUAUCCCGAGCAGGAGGUGGACGUGGCGGUGGACAUGGCAGCACCUGCCCGCCCUGGGCGCUACAUGUCACACUGGCGCCUGCUCGCCCCUGGUGGGCCCAAGUUCGGUCACCGCUUCUGGGCCCAGAUCCAGGUCGUGGAGGCCACCGUGUGUGUGAAGGCCAGCCCGAGUACGGACACAGCAGCUGAUGCCACUCCAGUGGAAGACGCUGCUGCUGGUGCCUCUGUUGUGGAGCAGGCAGGUGCUGAGGAGGCUGUGGAGGCGAGUGGUAUGGUGCAGCAGCUGGUGGAGAUGGGGUUCCCCUACCCUGCUCUGAAUGGGGAGCUUCUUGAGUUCACUAAUGGGAACAUGGACGAGGUGGUAACCAUGCUUGUGAAGGUUACGACGGAGUGGCAGGAGAAGAUGGACGAGCUAGAGGAAAUG